GUCAUCGAGGGGCCCGGGGCCCAAGGCAGGACGCAGGGGUCCCGGGCGGAGAAGCCAGCGUCCACCUGCAGGUGCCGCUUACAUGGUGGUGCGGGGUCGGCCGCAUUAGCGCGGACAGGCGCGGGCCCAGACAGUCAACGCAGGGGCAUCCCACAGCCGCGCAGCAAACCGGCCUUGUAAGUCCCACCCAGCGUGGGCGGGGCCUGGAGCCGAUGGGCAGGCAUCUCGGCCUAUUGCCGCGGCGAGCCGACUGGCCUAGAUAACCGUCCAACCAGAGGCUGCUCUUCCCAGGAUCAGCGCGCGCUCUGCAAGCAGCAGCCCCGCCCCUGCGAAGAAUUUGGGGGGAAAUGGGGGAGGGAUGGGCUAGCGCCUGGGUCGAGAAGGGCUAGCAGUCGAGGGACAGCGAAUAGUUUGGGGGUGUGGGGGGAUGUUCUCUGUUUGGGACAGGGUCUCCUCAGCCAGCUUCCGCUUCCCGCAAGGCGGUAUGUCCUCUCUCUCUCUUGACCUUCCCGUUCUGCAGACUCCCAAAUCUUCCAAGUUCAGGUCGGGAAAAACAGACAAAACGUCAAGGCUGGCAUUUGAACCAGAGGCUGUGUAAGAAGUGUCGGAGCUGUGGAGCUAGCGAAUGGGAAUGGCAUCCCAGCAGUGGGGUCUCUGGCUAUACCAAGACUGAGCCCCAGGCUGACCCUCCCAUCCUGGCGUGCUGUUCGCUCAUGGGCUCAAGGUGCAGCCCAGACAAUUGCCGCCAGCCCUUCUACACACAGUAAGUAAGUACUCAACACGUCGCCUCAAUUAUUUGUAGGCACAACCGGGCGUUUUAGAGGGUGGAUAAGGACCAGGAAUUUCAGAGAUGCUGGUGUGCACGGCUUCCUGUGGCUGCUGGCACGGUUGGACAUCUUCCUUUGAACAGUGGAGAACCAUGGAGGGUGUGUGAACAGGAGUCCAGAUCUGAGCUGCGGGAAGAAAAUUCCUCCAGGCCAGCCUGAGGGAUUAAACCAACCAGGGUAAAUUCACAACGCAUGAGUUUUCCAGAUUACGGAGAGCUGGGACUCAAGGACAACCGGGCUGUGCGCCAGAAGUCUUGGCUGCGGGCGCCGAGAAGCUGCCAGCCCGCUGCGUGCCAGCUGCCUGUCUUCAAUGACAGUGGCUGAAAAGGCCAGCAGCUAGUUCCCUGGACUGCUGCCAGAGUUGUCACCACCACUCUUGGGCGCCCUCUAUCAGUGGCCGAGGCAAAGAACUACAACUCCUAGAAGAUCAGGGGGACUGGAUGUCAUACACACUCGCAGGAGUCUACACUCGCUCGCCCUCUCCUGGUCAUUUUGGAGAGCUAAGCGCCACUGAGAACAGACAUUCCCCUGCUUAUCAUCACGCACUGGCGUAGAACUACAGCUCCCGGAGUGACCCGCGGCAACACGUGGAACUACAUUUCCCAGAAGGCAUUGUCAAGAAGCCCAGCGUGUAGGAACUGGCGUCGACCCAGUGACCUGCCACUGGACAUGGCUUUCCUAGCGCGGUGCUUUGGGUGCCAGCCCUGCAGAUCGGUGGCCUUUUUGAGUGGCAGGUAUCUCCAGUCCAGGAUGGGACUCCCGGACGCCUGGCCCCUCCUCUCUCUGCAGCAGGCCCGAGGCCGCGCGCGCGGAAACGAGUAUCAACCGAGCAACAUCAAGCGCAAGCACAAGCACGGCUGGGUCCGCCGGCUGAGCACGCCUGCCGGCGUGCAGGUCAUCCUCCGCCGCAUGCUGAAGGGCCGCAAGUCCCUGAGUCACUGAGGCGCGACGCCGCGGGGAAUAGACUAAGACGCCCGCCCGGAGUGUUGCCUGAGGGCGAGAAGUUGGGGCAAGCUGAAAGUGGGGGUCUGUCCCUUCGUAAGUCUCUAGACGUAUCCCCCGUCAACGACUGCUCACCGACCACCAGCACCUGCGAUAUCCGUUUCUGUGAAUAUAUUUGAAGGCAUCUUUGCAAGACAGGCUCAUUAAAACACCGACACCACCCCUACGUUUCCAGCCAUUUCAAAGUAUUACCGACUUGCUAAUAAAUAUUCACGUUUCUUGGA